CCAGCAGGGUGUCCUCCUCGGUUUUUCCUUACGGGGCGGGGACAGGAGCCGGAAGUUGGAUUCACAGACACCCGACUGUCCGGCGGGUACCGGGCACACAGCUGGCGGAGCGGGCGUCAUGUCGGGGUAUAUCCCGGGACAACUCCCGGCGGAUCGGAGCCAGGAGAAUGAGUUUGUGCGCGCUUAUGAAGGAGUGCUAGAGAGAUACAAAGAUGAAAGAGAUAGAGUCCAGAAGAAAACGUUUACCAAGUGGGUCAACAAACACCUUAUCAAGGUUCGCAAGCACAUCAAUGAUCUUUAUGAAGAUCUCAGGGAUGGACAUAAUCUCAUCUCCUUGUUGGAGGUUCUGUCCGGGGUCAGGCUGCCCAGAGAAAAGGGUAGGAUGCGUUUUCAUCGUCUGCAAAAUGUACAGAUAGCGCUGGAUUUUCUCAAGCAGCGUCAGGUAAAACUGGUAAACAUCAGGAAUGAUGACAUCACAGAUGGAAACCCAAAACUGACCCUGGGACUGAUAUGGACCAUAAUCCUUCACUUCCAGAUAUCUGAUAUUUAUGUCAGUGGGGAAUCUGGAGAUAUGUCUGCCAAGGAGAAACUGCUCCUAUGGACGCAGAAGGUGACAGCUGGGUACAUUGGGCUAAAAUGCACCAAUUUCUCGUCCUGCUGGAGUGACGGGAAGAUGUUCAAUGCACUUAUUCACCGGUACAGACCUGAUAUGGUGGACAUGCAGAAGGUGGAAGUCCAGAGUAACAGGGAAAACUUAGAACAGGCUUUUCAGAUAGCAGAAGUCCUUGGAGUCACCAGGUUGCUCGAUGCCGAGGAUGUGGAUGUGGAUUCUCCCGAUGAAAAGUCUGUUAUCACAUACGUGUCUUCAAUAUAUGAUGCCUUUCCCAAAGUCCCAGAGGGGGCAGACGGUGUCAGCUGCACGGAAGUGGAUUCACGCUGGCUGGAAUACCAAGAGAGGGUUGUCUCCCUAAUGCAGUGGAUCCGUCAGCAUGUUCUUCUGAUGUCUGAUAAGUCGUUUCCGCAGAACCCAGUGGAGCUAAAGGCACUUUAUAACCAGUAUGUGCAUGUGAAGGAGACAGAGAUCCCAGCUAAAGAACAAGAAAAAGGACAAAUCCAAAACCUAUACCAGAUGUUACAGGCCUGGAUUGAAUUUGGCCGGAUAAAGCUGCCUUCAUCAUUUCACCCAAAUGAUGUGGAGGAACAGUGGGGGAAGCUGAUCCUUUCUAUGCUGGAAAGAGAGAAGGUCCUUCGGCCGGCUGUAGAGAGGUUGGAGUUGCUACUUCAGAUUGCCAACAGAAUUCAAAAUGGGUGUCUGAGCUGCGAAGAAAAAUUAACAUUGGCAAGGAAUACACUACAAUCUGAUGCAGCCAACGUUGAAUGUGGACAGAGGGUUCAACAAGAGACAGAAGUGGUACAGUUCUUGCAAGAAAUUGAGUUGCUCCUCUGUCAGCUGCAGUCAGAUGUUCAAAUCCUUCGAGAUGAGAAAUACUUCCAGGUGGAGGAGCUGGCUUUCAGAGUUCUACGGAUUCAGGAUGAACUCCUUACCCUUAGGCUGGAAUGUUCUAAUCUGUACAGGAAGGGGAACUUUACCACCUCAAACCUACAAACAUCUGUUUCUUUAAAUACGUCUUACCAACAAAGCCUUCAAACUUCACACACUUCUUCUGCAUCUUGGUUCCGGAAGCCAAUGAGCCGUACGGAGUUGAUUGCUUUGUCUUCAUCGGAAGAUGAAGGCAGCCUGCGAUUCGUAUAUGAGCUCCUUGCUUGGGUGGAAGAGAUGCAGAUGAAGUUGGAGCGAGCAGAGUGGGGCAGCGACCUUCCAAGUGUUAAGGCUCAACUUGAAAAUCAACAUCUAGUGCACAGCAGUGUGGAAGAGCUGAGCUCAAGUCUUGGAGAAGCCAGAAGUUAUGAAGCUAAAAUGUCACCAAAUUUCCAUAGCAGUUACCGAGAGACCCUGAAUAAACUUGAAAUGCAAUACUGCAAAUUAAGGGAAACAUCCAGUUUUCGUCUACGCCACCUGCAGAGCCUUCAUGACUUUGUGUCCAGGGCAACGGCGCAAAUCAUUUGGCUAAACGAGAAAGAAGAGGAAGAGCUGGCAUAUGAUUGGAGUGAUUCAAAUUCAAAUAUAGCUUCUAAGAAAGAUUACUUUACAGAACUGACACAGGAGCUGGAUGAUAAGCAGGAUGUGAUUCAGUCCCUACAGGAAACAGCCGAGUUGCUAUCGCUAGAGAAUCACCCUGCAAAACAAACAGUGGAGGCCUACAGUGCUGCUGUUAUGUCCCAGUGGCAGUGGGUCCAGCAGCUUUGCCUUUGUGUAGAGCAACAUGUGAAGGAAAACACUGCAUAUUUUCAGUUCUUCAGUGAUGUACGGGAGUCAGAGGCUUACCUGCGAAAUCUGCAGGAUUCAAUCAAGAGGAAAUAUUCCUGUGACCGGAACACAAGUGUUAAUCGACUUGAAGACAUUCUGCAGGACUCCAUGGAUGAGAAGGAGCAGCUAAUUCAGUCCAGGAGCUCAGUUGCUAGUCUAGUUGGAAGGUCCAAAAACAUUGUCCAGCUGAAACCCAGGAAUCCAGAGCAUGGUCUCAGUGGCACAUUGCCUAUCAGAGCCAUAUGUGACUAUCGUCAAAUAGAGAUAACAAUUGCAAGGAAUGAAGAAUGUGUAUUAGAAGAUAAUUCCCAGAGGACAAAGUGGAAGGUGAUUAGCACUUCAGGCAAUGAGGCUAUGGUGCCCUCUGUCUGCUUCCUCAUCCCACCUCCCAACAAGGAUGCAGUAGAAAUGGCUAGCAGGGUGGAGCAGCUGUAUCAAAAAGUGAUGUCUCUGUGGCACCAAUUACACAUCAAUAAUAAAAGUUUGCUUUCCUGGCACUACCUUCGGAAAGAUGUGGAUAUUGUGCAAGGAUGGACAGUGGAAAAACUUAGGGUUCUGCCUCUGGCAGAGCGUCUUCAGACACUUUCACUCCUCCAGUCACAUCUGGAUGACUUCUUGGAAGACAGUAAGGACUCGCAAAUUUUCACACAAACGGAUCGGCUAAGCAUGGAGCAGGAAGUGGACAAUUGUAAAGAACAGUGCCGGAAAUUUGUGGAUCUGAUAGAGACUGAAGAUAAAGAUGAAUGUGUAGCUCAAUCCUAUUUAUCGGAGCUCCAGAACAUCCAGUUGCAUCUGGAGGAUUGUGAACAGCGGCUGGUGAAGAAAUUACAGAGUCCAUACAAUAGUGAUGCUGAUGCUAUGCAUGACAACGCUAUCCUUAUAUCAGAGCAAGAGAGGAUGCAAGAAGAGUUGAAGAGAUUAAAAUCCGAGUUGUCUAUGGUCUCUGAGCGGUGUGAUCAUUUCCUGCACAAGUCACCUUCUGCCUCAAGCACCCCAAACGUCCGCUCCCAGCUGGAUCUAAUUGUUGGGAAGAUGGAGAAUGUGUAUGGGCUGUCGUCUGUGUUUCUAGAGAAGCUAAAGACAGUAGAUGUGGUUAUCAGAAGUCUGCAAGGAGCAGAAGCCCUGGUUAAAGGAUUUGAGGCAAGAUUAACUCAGGAGGACUCUAUUCCCGCAGAUCCUGCAGCUAUUCAGUGCCAGCAAGAUACACUGCAGUUAUGGCUUAAAGAGGCAGAGGAAAAAGAGUGCAUAAUCCUUGCCCUUGAGGAAGAUAUUGCAAAGUCUAAAGGAGUGAAAGAGCGUUUGCAAGAGAAGAGCCAGGAGCGCAGUCUAGAUGUGGAGCACUACCAAGAAAGAACAACCAAGCUCCGGGAGCGAUGGAGUGGAGUGCACACUCAGAUGGAGACACGCCAAAUGGAACUGGCUGGAAUACAAGAAGUGCUUAGAAAUUACAGAGACCGCCACAAUAGUCUCAUCCACUGGCUUGAGACCACCAAAUCACAGCAAGAGAUGAUGAAGCUCGGACAGUCUGAGGACAGGAGGGUCUUAUCGGAGCAGCUGAGCCAGCAGACGGCUCUAGUGACUGAAAUUGAAAAGAAUCAGUCCCGCCUGGAUGAAUGUCAGUCCCUAUCCCAGCAAUACUCUGUGACUGUAAAGGAUUAUGAAUUGCAGCUGAUGACGUACAAAGCAUUUGUGGAGUCACAGCAGAAGUCACCAAUGAAGCGCAGACGGAUGUUUUCAUCCUCUGAUGUCAUUACACAAGAGUUCAUGGACCUCCGCACUCGCUACACGGCCCUUGUGACUCUGACUACACAACACGUCAAGUAUAUCAGUGAUUCCUUGAGGAGGCUCGAGGAGGAAGAGAAACUUCUUGAGGAAGAAAAGGAGAAGCACGUUGAGGGUCUGAAGGAUCUCUCCAGCUGGGUGUCUGGCCUGUCACAGGUGCUAUCACCCCCCCGAGGUGAUCGGGUUGAUAUAAGGAAGUCCAUUUCUGAACAAAAGGCUCUCCAUGAAGAUCUUUUGUCUAAAAAGGAGCAAAUUUUGGAUUCUGUGAAAUCCAUGCAGAUCUUCUUGGCCAAAAACAGUGAUAGGUUGUCAGCUGGGGAAAAAGAAGACAUCUCAAAACAGAUUCAGGAAUUGAAGGAAACCUACGACAAGUUGUGUGAGGAAUCUGAUAACCAGAUACAGCAGCUACAUAGCCAUCUGGCACAAGAGGCAGAGCAGAAGGAGGAUCACAUAAUAGCUGGUGUAAUAGACCUUGGUUGCAUGGAAGUCUUCUCCAUAUUCCAUGCUAUGCAGAGAGGACUCAUUGACCGCGAAACUGGCCUAAUGCUUUUGGAAACCCAGACUGUUCUGUGCGGUUUGAUUGAUCCCAAGGCAAAUGAAAGACUGACAUUAGAGGAAGCUUUGCAGAGAAAUCUUGUUGAUAACUGGCUUUUCUUACAUCUUCAAAAUAUUAGGCAUGCUCAUGAAUUAGUGGACAUCAGUAAAAGUGGAAUGCAAAACCUCUUUUCCAUCACCACAGCAAUACAAGAAGAUAAAAUACAACAAAAUGUGGGUCUGAGAGUCUUAACGAUAUGCUUUGCAACAGGAAGACUGAAGCUGACAUCCAGAAACUACCUUGCAGAUAUUGAUAAUGCCUGUAAGGAUGGGCUCAUUACUAGAGAGCUACAGCGAGAAUUGGAGGUCUCUUCUAAAUGUCUUAUUGAUCCAAAUGCUGCAAAGAAAGUGACAUUGUCAGAAAUAAUGGAAAUUUGCAUUGUUCAAGAGUCCACAGGACUUAAACUUCUUCCAGUUAAACAGCUCACAGGAGGUAUGAUGUGCCUGAGGUCUGGGAAGAAAGUCAGCAUUUUCAGUGCAGUUCAAGAAGGCUUAAUUGAUAGACAGGUGGCAAUCAGACUUCUAGAAGCUCAGAUGUUUGCUGGUGCAAUCACUGAUCCCAAAACAGGACAUAGAUUGACUAUAGAGGAAGCAGUGGAACAUAAAUUAAUGGAUCAGGACAUCGCUUGUUCUCUUCUUGUGCAACAGCUUCAGAAUGGAGGCAUUAUAGACAUAGCAACCGGACAAAGAGUGACACUGGAUGAAGCAGUGAAACACAGUCUUGUCUCGUCCAAACAUGCUUUACUUGUUUUGGAGUCUCUAGGGAUUUUCAGGGGCCUCCUUCGGCCUGAAUCAGGGGAAGUACUAACCAUUGCAGAUGCUAUUCAGGAGCAAGUUCUUUCUGAGGAGGUGGCUAUUAAGAUUCUUGAACAUAGACAAAGAAUUCAUGGUCUUUAUGUGCCAGAAAACAGAGAAAUCCUGUCUUGGGAAGUUGCUGUCCAACGUGGUAUUUUAAAUGAAAAUGCUGCCAGUAUUUUACAAUCCACAGUGAUUCCUGACAUACCAGCCAUCCAUACAGCAGGAUAUAUGAAGAAGACUGGAGUCCAACCCGCCUCCGCAUCUUUGAAUAGCAGCACAUAUCCUACUGAGAGCAAUGUUUGGGAUAUGCACAGAAAUCAACAAACUGAAUUUAAUAAAAAAAUUAUGAACUUCAGCUACAUAAAUAUUCACAGUGGACUAUUGCUUAUCAACAGUAAAGAAAUCAGCAUUUCAGAAUUACUCCCAGAGGCCUACAGAAAACAUUCCAUUUCUAAUUCUAUUUCGGUUGGGAAAGAAACGUCCAGGAAGGAAGAUCAUGUUGAAAAAGACACAGUAGACCAUACAAAUCUUAAAAGAGCGGAUCAGCAAGAAACAUGGAGCAGUGUAUCUGUGGAAUCAACUCAUCCUAAUACAAGAGAGCCAACAGCUCCUUCCUUUCAAAAGUCUUUAGAAAACCAAAGCCAACAAGUCAUUCAAACUAAUUUCAAUGAGGACAAGCCAUUACAACACCCUGAGAGGCCACUAGUGGGGAGUCCUUUUAAAGAAGAUCCAUGCUUGCAAGAUAUGUCCAACUCUUUCAUCAGUGGGAUUGAGAAUUCUAAUGAAACAUCACAAAGUUCUGCUAAUGCAUAUGUAGUUGAUACCCAGCCACAGACUCUAACAAUUUCUCAAAGAACACCUUCAUUUUCCCCCAGGGAAAUCAUGCUGAACUUGGAAAAUUCUGUACCAGAGGAUUCUGACAGAGGAGAUUCGAAUUUUAAAGAGCAAGAUGUCUCAAUUCAAAGUAUUUUGAAUCACAAGGGUGCUGCACAGCUGGUGGUAGAACCCAUGCCUUCUGAAAUAAAAUCAGAAGACCUGGAAUUAAAGAGUGUGUCAAAGGAGCCAACUAAUUCCUCGAAUGUAGUGAGAGAUUCUGGUGCUGCUGGUAAAUAUAAUUUUGGGUUAGGAGAAGAAGAUACGUUGACUCUCCUGACUGAGCAGUUGAUGCACGGUGGUAUAGUUGACGCAAACUCCAAUCAAAAGCUGCUUCUCAAUGAGGCGGUUGCUCUUGGCACAGUUUCUAGUCACACAGCUCUAAAGCUCAUGGAAAGACUUGGUCUGUUUUCAGGUUUCUUUGACUCAAAGACAUGUGAGGCAUUAACCAUUCCAGAUGUAAUAGAUGAGGGGCUUAUGGAUGAAACACUUCUACAGAGGGUCUUUACAUCUGACAAAGCAAUUAGUGGUAUUGUCGAUGUCCAAAGCAAUACCCUUUAUUCUGUGCAUGAUGCCCUGAUCACUGGCUUGGUAGAUGAAGAUACCGCCAGAAGAAUUUUAGAAGUUCAAGUGAUCACUGGUGGUAUAUUUGAUGUCAAGAGAGGUAAGAGAAUAUCGGUUACCUUGGCCUCCAGUCUCAAUUUGGUGAAGUCCUCUGACCAAGAUGACCUCAUUAAGCUGGAGAAGGCUUCCAAAGGAAAGAGCACAGAUAAAACAACAAAACAAAAACUGAUUAGUCUGCAGAUUGAAACAAGUGGAAUUACAGAUCCACAUUCUAAGAAAACCUUGUCUGUGGUUGAAGCCCUUAAGAAGGGUGUUAUUAGCAGAGAGGACGCUAUUCUUCAUUUGACCAAACAAAUAGCUGAUGGAGGAAUACUUCACAAUUCAUCAGGAAUGAGGUUUUCGGCAAGUGAUGCUCUGAAACACAAAAUAAUUAACCAUGAUUUAUUUAAAGGUCUUGCUGAGCAUGAAUGUCUAAAGCAGUUAGAGCCAGUCAUAUCACCUGGUGAAGGUCUGAGAGCAUCUAAAAAUCAAGACGAAAGACCCCUGACAGUUCACCAUAAUGUAACAGCCUCAACGCAUUCAAGUAUGGCCAAAGGCAGCCAAAUGAUUCCAUAUAUAGAUAUUGUAAAGAAAUGUAAAAUUGACGUUAUUACUGGACAGCGAUUUCUAGAUCUUAAUUUCCUCUCAGAAGUCAAGUUUACGGAUCAUGCAUCCUCAGCAGAUGCAGUAAAACACCCAAGUCAAGACUGUAACACUAGCACAAAACUUCAGUUUGAGAGUUUGGGAGCAGACACUGUAAUGACAGGAGGUAAAUCGAUUGCUCCUCUGCAAGAGUAUAUGAAAGAUGUAGAUCAUGAUUCAUUAGAGGUUGAUUCAGCAAACAGUAAGCUGUACAAUGUGAGAAAUGUAAAGCUUUUGGAAAGUCCAUCGGCUGAUUUAACAUCGCAAAAGCUACUUGUGAGACGUGAACCAACUGCUUCUCCUUUACUUUUUGCAAAACAAAAGGGAAAUGUUUUUGAUCUCAAUGACGUGACUGAAGAAAUAAAUGGCACACCAGAAGUUUGUAAGGAGAACAUAAUAAGUUCUCCAGGAUCCGUGCAUACAUUAGUGCAAACUAACUUGGGGAGUGUGUCCUCUGAGGACAGAUUGCAUUAUGGGCAAGGCGCACUUAUUGAGAGGACAAGUCCAUAUGACAAACUUUUGCACUCAUCUGAAACCAACAAAACUCUGUCUCAGCCUGAAACCAUCCAGGAACAACGUUCUUUAAAUUUGACUACAGAUGAUAGCCACCAGCUUGAUAAAUCCUAUCUCCAGGAUGCAGUGUGUGGCGUAGAAGAUCAUGUAAGCAGGCUUUCAGCAUUUUCAGUACUUGACACAAAUGAUUCACAGUUUACUGAAUCCGAUCCUACUAAUCAGAUCCCGGAAGUCUGUGAAAGUUCUCAUAUCUCUGAAAUGGAUGAAAACCAAAAGAAUGCCACUCUUGUGGAAGAGGUUUCAGUUAAAAAUAAAGGGAGUGAAAACCCAGUGCCUAGUGCAGAGAAUGAAUUUUCAUGUAUGGGAGAUGUCACUUUAGCAGCUGAACCGAUAGAAACGGAUCUAGAGAGAAGUGUGAUGGAGGAAGGUUUCUUUGAUGAAACUCCAAAACCACAGCCGUUAUUCUCAGACCAGUUUGCUGUUGUACAUGAACAGCUACUUAACCAAAGCAUGACGUGUAAUGGAGAGAAUUCUUCUACAGCUAAAACUUUAAAGGCUGUAGAGCUUUUGUCUUCAGAUAGUACUCUAGGCCAGCUGGAUACGUCAGCAGUUAACAAUGUCCUUCAGCAAGUGGACAAAGAAAAUACAAGCAACACAGUUCAGGAUCCAGAGAAAAUAACAGAGUCUCUUCUUCAGAAUGUAAAAGAGUCCAAGGAUAACAGCCAAGUAAAUGAUAAAUCUUCAUUGACUGAAAGUGGACCGGAUACUGUUGGAUCCAGCUUAAGCCAGCUUCCGCCACAACUGACCAGAACCACUCAAAACAGAAUUCCUCUACCUACCGGAGAUAAUGUUCCGCAAGUUUCAGAACCACUUCAUACUGCCAGAAAGACGACAGAGGAAACGCCCAAGGAUUCUCAUGCUUCUUCCAUUAAACAAAGUUGCCUUGAGCACGAGGAGAACCUUGUGUCUUAUCUCUCUAUGCUGCGGGAUAUUGAAGUGAGACUGGGCCCCGUUUGCCCUGUUCCAUUGGAGCUACAGGAGGUGCAAGAGCAGCUGAGGCAGACAGAGAUCUUGGACAAAGAACUGAAAGACCUGUUGUCUCCGGUGAGUCAGGAGUUGGAUUUGGUGAAGCAAAUCGUCUCUAGGCAGCCCCGAGAAGUCCCAAAACAGCUCCUGAGGGCUUUAGAGAAAGAUGCCAAGAACCUGGAAAAAUCACUGACUUCUGUCAGAGACGCGUCUGAGUCCAGGGUCAAGCAGCUUAACUCUGCUCUGGAGAUGGCAAAGGCUAAAGUCGUAGCUGAACACGAAGGCUUGGAAAGCAAACUUAAGUCUCUUUUGCAGUGGGUCAAAGACGCCACAGAUUCUUUGGACAAUUUGAAGGCCAGUGAUGACUUAGCGCUGGAUCCUAAUGCGUUUAAGAGUGAUCUGGAGAUUGUGGAGAGCUUGAAGCAACCUGUUGCAGAUACCAGACUAGAACUGGACAACAUUGCCUUUGAGAUUCAGCUAUUUAUUUCAGAAAAGGCUCAGGAUUUGACCCCGCAACAGAGCCGCGUUCUGCUGCGUCUCUUGAAUGAGCUGCAAAAGUCCUUCAGGGGGUUGUCAGAAAGGCUGUUCGCAAGAGAUGAAGUGAUGCAGCUGCGGCAGCGGCAUGCAAAGCACAAUGCUGAAAUAAAGACACUACAGGAGCAGAAAGCUGUCUGUACUCAAGGACUAGAAGAGCUGAGCUUAUGGACAGAAUGCACAGAGAAAGCUGUGAGCGGUCAUGGCGCCAUUCAAGGGAAUCAGGAUCUGUCUACACUGCAGGACCAGCACAGAAGCAUGCAGAAUCUCCGUAAGGAUGUAAAAGCUCAAGGUGAUCAUUUUGCUAAGGUACUUAAAGCAGCUGAGGAUUUCCUAGAGGAGAACAAGACAAAAAUGGAUCCAAAAGAGCUAGAAGCCUUCCAGAAGAAACUUCAACAGGCAAAAGAACAAUAUCAUGGUUUACUUGAGAAGACCGUAGACGCAGAGAAGCAGCUAGAGACUGCAGUGAGCACAGCUGUUCUCGAAGAGACCAAGAAAUCUAAGACUGCGGAAGAGCUGAAAGUGAACUUGGGCAAGAUUGAAUCUCUCCUGCAUCAGGUUCUCCCUACUAUCUCACAGCAGCCAGCCACCUUGACCGAUGGAAGAGAAACCAGUAAAUCAGAGAUGUCCAAUUGCGGUCCUGCUACAGACCAAGCCAUCGACCUGAUUAAUAACCUCUAUGAGCGGAAGAAGACCCAGCAUCAGGAGAUGUGGGCCCAGCAGCAAAAUUUUAUCUUAACCAUUCAGUCAGCGCAAGAUUUCCUGGACAAGCAUGGCAGCUCCCUUCCAACAGAGGAGCGGCAACAGCUGCAGGACCAGCUGGCCCGGCUAAAGGACGAAUACUCAACAUCUCUAUCCCAGGCACAGUUACAAUUGAAGCAUGCUCAGAGCCUUAAAGAUGAGCUGCAGAACUUUCUUCAUGAUCAUGGAGAGUUUGAAAGUUGGCUUCAGCGAAGCGAGGAGUUGUUAAACAACAUGCAAAAGGGCAAAGUAGACUCGGAAGCUGUACAAAACUUGCUCCAUCAACAAGCAGAUUUUUCUGAGGAUGUUAUUUCUCACAAAGGAGAUCUGCGUUAUAUUACCAUUGCUGGCCAGAAGGCCAUAGAGGCAGAGAAGGCUGCAGCCGACCAGUGCAAGGAAGAUGUUGAGGUGGCAGUUGCAGGAAGUCUAGUGAAAAACAAACUUGAGGAUGCCUCAAAGAGAUACAGCGCUUUGCACUCAAAGUGCUCAAAACUGGGCUCUCAUCUGAAUUCUGUACUAAGUCGAUUCCAGCAGUUCCAGGAAGGGUCUGAUGCGACGUUAGCGUGGCUGCAGAAUACAGCAUCUGCAGUACAGAAUAUCCUAUCUGAGCCGGUGGCAUCCAAACCAGACGCAUUGCAAAUACAGUUGGAGAAGGCCAAGAGCAUGCAGGGCGAUCUUGCUGAACGUGAGGUGCAGGUGGAGAAAGUUCAUAAGGCUCUACGGGCACUGCUAGAGGUUCAAGAAGACCCAUCUCCAGACUGUGAGAGCAUCCAGGCCACCGCAGAUUCUAUAGACAGUCAAUUUCAAGAUCUCUCUACCAAAAUGUCUGCUCAUUCUGAUGUACUGCAAAAAUCAGUAGCACAGUCUCAGAGUGUCCAGGAAGGCCUGGAAAAUCUUCUGCACUGGCUUGAGGGAAUGGAGAAGGCAGUUGAAGACCAAAGACAGAUUCCUAUGUCGUCAUCAUCCAUUCAGGAAUCUCUCGCUACGAACACGAAAUUGAGACAAGAUAUCGGCAGUCGGAGAGGCAGCCUUGAUGCCACUGGAGAAAUGGUUGCGAAGUUCAUGGAAACGGCAGACAGCGCCACAGCCUCUGCCCUUCAGAGCAAGCUCUUGGAUGUCACUGAAAGAUUCAAUAAAGUGUGCCUAAGACAGAGCCAGCAAGAGUCUGCGCUGAAAGAAAUAUUACCAAAAGUGGAAAAAUAUGAACAGUUAUCGGACAACCUAAAAGAUUUUAGCGUAACCAGAUUUCAGCUACUGGCCUCUGGAAACCAACCAGACAAAGACAUCGCUCAGUUUUCUGAACAAAUCCAGGAGCUGAAUUUAGAGAUAAAGCAACAAGAAGAGCAUCUUAUUACCUUGGAUACAUUAGCAAAUGAGCUAAGCACUUACCCUGUUCUUCUUGAUGCCACUGAGCAUUUGCAGAAGGUUCAGGCGCUAAAGAAUGACUUCUCAGAGCUCCAGAAGGCUGCACGAGAAAGGGAACGCGAUGCAUUGUCCUGUCAGGAAGAAUUAGAACACUUCAAGAAGUUGGUUGGAAUCAUGAGAAAAUGGCUGAAGGACAAUGAUGAAAAUGUCCCAGCCGCAGAAGACUCCCUUGGAACACAAGAGAUCCAGAUCAGGCUACAGAAAAUACAGGAUCUUCUUCAGGAAUGGAAAAUGAAGGGUCCUGACAUGGAGGCGAUCACACAGAAGGGAUCCGAAUUAGAGAGACGUAUUAUGGAGAUCACUGCGUCAGAGAGCCAGCUGCGAGGUUCUGUGCUGAUGGCUUCAUUGAGUCCUGUAGGGAAUGUUAAUGGAUACCAUACCUGCCAAGAUCUGACUGGCAUCCAGUGUGACUUAUCUGAAACCAGUCAGAAAUAUGAAGAUCUUGGUCGUUUACUGCAAAGCCGUGAAGAGCGGCUGUCCUCAGCAUUGGAAAGCAUGCAAAAGGUUAAGCAAGAAGCUGACUGCAUGCUGAGCUGGUUGGAGUCUAAAGAGGAUGUCAUAAGUGCAGUCAAAGUGUCUCCUACAAAGACCGAGAUGGUGAAAGCCCAGGCUGCACAGAACAAGGAGUUCAUAUCUGAACUGGAGAAGAGUUCUGGAAAAGUGGAAAGUCUGAAAGCUUCCCUGAGAGAGCUGCUAGAGAAGUAUCCAAACUCUCCAGAGGCAGAAACCUGGAAAAAAAUGCUGGAAGAUCUUAACCAAAAAUGGAACAGAGCCAAUCAAGCAACGUCAGAACGUCAACAAAAACUUGAGGAGUCUGCCAACCAGCUGGCAACCUUCCAGACUGCAGCGUCCCAACUGCGCCCGUGGCUGACAGAAAAAGAGUUAAUGAUGAGUGUUCUUGGACCCCUUUCUGUUGAUCCCAACAUGCUCAAUGCACAAAAGCAACAAGUUCAGUUUAUGCUAAAGGAAUUUGAAGCACGCAAAGACCAGUAUGAAGAGUUGAAACAUGCAGCUUAUGGGAUUCUAACCGGUCCAGGAGAUGAGUCUCCUUCCACCAACCAGGUGGAGGAAGAGUUCCACGAGGUCAGCAAGAAGUGGACAGAAUUGACUAAUCGCUUGAAUUCAAGGGCUGAUCAGAUUGACCAGGCCACCGUGAAGAGUACCCAAUAUCAGGAUGUCCUUCAAGGUCUAACAAAUAGAAUUAAGCAAGCUGGUCAGAGGCUCGGAGCUCAGCCAGCCAUUAUCACUCAGCCUGAUGCUGUGAAGCAGCAAUUGCAGGAAACCAGUGGAAUUCGCUCCGACUUGGACAUUCUAGCUCAAGAAGUUACAGAAGCUCAACUCCUUUGCAAUGAAUUGUCUGCUCUUGUGGGGGAACCAUAUCUGAAGGAUGAGCUUCAAAAGCGACUAGACACUGUUGCUCUCCCCCUCAAAGGAAUGGAAGAUUUGGCUGCGGAUCGUGUGAAUAGGCUUCAGUCGGCACUCGCCAGUUCCCAGCAAUUCCAGCAGAUGUUUGAUGAGUUGAGAAACUGGUUGGAUGAAAAAAAGAUAGAGCUAGCCAAGUGUUCUCCUGUGUCUUCCAAACUGGAGAAACUUCAGACCCUUUUACAGGACCAAGAGGAAUUUCAGAAGAGUUUGAACCAAAACAGUGGAUCCUAUGAAAUGAUUAUUAAUGAAGGUGAGUCUCUACUGCUGUCAUUACAGCCUGGAGAAGAGAAGACUACCCUACAGAAUCAUCUAACAAGCCUAAAGGCGAACUGGGAGGAACUGGGUAAGAAGGCAACAGAAAGACAUAGCAGAUUGAAGGAUUGUUUGCAAAAGGCUCAGAAAUAUGGACGACAUGUGGAAGAUUUGCUACCCUGGUUGGAAGAUUGUGAGGCACAGAUGAAGGCAAUGGAGGUGACUCUUGACCCAGUCCAACUUGAGGCCCAGCUUCUCAGAUCAAAAGCUCUACAGGGUGAUAUAGAUAAGAAACGUUCCCUCCUAGAGAUGAUGAACAGCUCGGCUGACCUUCUAAUUGAGGCAGCAGAAAUUGAUGAUGAUGAGAUUUUGGAACAAAAGGCCCAUAUCAACCAGAGAGUGGACAGCAUCACAGAACAACUACAUAUCAAAGCUGGGUCUAUUGAUGAAAUGGCAGUAAGACUCAGAGAGCUAAAGGACACUUUUAAAAACAUUGAUAAGAAGCUGGAAGGAGCGAAGCAUCUUCUAGAAAUCUAUGCUGCUCUUGGUCCUCAAGCAUGCAGCAGUAAAAAUCUGGAAAAUAUGAGAUCACACCAAGACAUGCUUACAGCUUUAGACACUCAAAUCCGAUACCUGAAAGAUCUAAUCCAAGGCUUGACAGGAGAUGCCCCUAAAGGCUCUGAUGUGUCCACUCUCAUACAACAGGCAGAUGAUGUGCAACAAGACUUUGAGAAUGUAAAACGAGAGGUCAAUGAAUGCUGCUUGAGUAUGGAGAGUAAGCUACAAGGGAUUGGACAGUUCCACUCUCAUGUUCGUGACAUGUUCUCCCAACUUACUGAUCUAGAUGAUGAAUUAGACAAUAUGGGUCCUGUUGGACGAGAUAUAGAUUGCCUAAAGUCCCAGACUGAAGCUGUCCAAAAGUUUAUAGACACACUCCAAGGCCUAAAAUCAGACAUUGAGAGCUCGGAAAAAAAAUGUAGAGAGAUGUUAGAAAAUGAGGGUGGCCCGGACCUCAUAGGGCUAAUGAGGGAGCUUGGUACGCUAAACAAGCAGUGUGUUAAACUCACAGAAAGGGGCAGGAAUCGUCAAGAGCAGCUGGAAUCCACGCUACAGCGAGUGGAUGAUUUCAAUAAGAAGUUGCAUGAGUUGAAGCACCAGAUCAUGACUGCAGAGGGCAGCAGUACCCUUCAGGGUGUGGUAGGCACUGAAGUAGAUACAAUCAAGCAGCAACUGAAUGAUUUCAAGGUUUUUCAAAAAGAACACGUGGAUUCCCUUCAGGUCAGAUUGCAGCAGGUUAAUGGACUUGGACAGGGUCUGAUCCAAAGUGCUGACAAGAACUGUGAUGUUCACGGUCUUGAACAUGACACAGAGGAGCUGAACACAAAAUGGAACACAUUGAACAAAAAGGUGGCAGAGCGUGUGACACAACUGCAAGAGGCCCUACUGCAUUGUGGGAAAUUCCAGGAUGCCCUGGAACCACUGCUCAGCUGGCUCACCGACACAGAAGACUUGAUUGCCAACCAAAAGCCACCUUCUGCAGAGUACAAAGUGGUGAAGGCUCAGAUCCAGGAGCAGAGGCUUCUUCAGCGGCUCUUGGAUGACCGAAGGGCCACAGUGGAAAUGAUCCAGGCAGAAGGAGUCAGGAUUGCCGAGGGUGCAGAACCAGCAGACCAGGAGAAAAUAAGUCGUCAGCUGGACAUCCUUGCCGAGAGAUGGUCUUCUCUGCUGCAAAAAGCUCAGUCCAGGCAGAAACAGCUUGAUGACAUCUUGGUUCUAGCCAAACAGUUUCAUGAGACAACUGAGCCCAUAUUUGAUUGGCUCUCAGCUACAGAAAAGAAACUAGCAAACUCUGAGCCAAUGGGCACACAGACUGGAAAGAUUCAACAGCAGAUCACGCGUCACAAGAGCUUGGAAGAUGACAUAACAGUCCACGAGACUGCUGUGCGUCAGGCGGGCAGACUUGGGGACUCCCUCUCUGCCCUGUGCUCCCAGGCUGAGCAGGACAGGCUGACACAGAGGCUAGAUUUCCUGCAGUCUCGCUACAGUGAGCUGCAGGAUCUGUGCAGCCGGAAGGGCGCCCUGCUCGGGCAAGCUCUCAGUAAUGCCAGGCUCUUUGGGGAGGACGAGGUGGAAGUCCUGAACUGGCUGGCUGAGGUAGAGGACAGACUCGGCUCGGUGUGUGUGAAGGAUUACAAGCUUGAAGUCCUACAGAAGCAGCACACACAUCACUUGGCCCUCGGGGAUGAUAUUUCAAACCGAAAGAAGAACGUAGACCAGGCUGUGAAAAAUGGCCAAGCUCUGCUGAAGCAAACCACAGGGGAAGAGGUUUUGUUGAUUCAGGAAAAAUUGGAUGGCAUUAAGACGCGUUACUCUGAAAUCACUGUGUCUAGUGGUAAGGCUCUCAGGACACUGGAGCAGGCCUUACAGCUGGCAAGCAAGUUCCAAACCACCCACGACGAGUUGACCGGCUGGCUAAGGCGGGUGGAAGAAGAGUUAGUUCAGAACAGUGGGCAGCCGCCAGCUGGGGACCAAAUACCACAAUUCCAGCAGAGGCAAAAGGAGCUAAAGAAAGAAGCCAUGGAGUACCGGAUAGUCCUUGAUACCAUAAAUGAGGUGGGCAGUGCCUUGCUAGAGCUGGUACCAUGGCGGGCACGGGAAGGGCUGGACAAACUUGUCUCUGAUGCCAAUGAACAAUACAGAUUGGUCAGCGCGACCAUUGGACAGAGGGUCGACCAGAUAGAUGCAGCAGUACAAAAGUCACAACAGUACGAACAAGCUGCUGAUGCAGAGUUAGCAUGGGUGGCUGAAACCAAGAGAAAACUUCUGGCGCUAGGUCCAGUUUGUUUGGAGCAGGACAAGACCACAGCCCAGCUACAGGUGCAGAAGGCAUUCUCUGUGGAUAUCAUUCGCCACAAAGAUUCAAUUGAUGAGCUGCUUAGCACACAAGAAGAGAUCCUGGGUACAUGCGGGGAUGAACAGAAGGCUGCUUUACAAGAAAAAACAAAGAUUCUCUUGCAGCAGUAUGAGGAUGUGAGCCACCUAAAUUCUGAGCGCUAUGCCAGGCUAGAAAAAGCCCAAGGCCUUGUUGGGCAGUUCUGGGAAACUUAUGAAGAAUUAAAUCCAUGGAUUGAAGAAAUGCAGGCCUUGAUUUCUCAGCUGCCACCUCCCGCGGUGGACAGUGAGAUACUUCGGCAGCAGCAGGAAGAAAUACGGCAAUUAAGAGAAUCGGUGUCCGAGCAUAAGCCACAUAUUGACAAGCUUCUAAAGAUCGGGCCUCACCUCUGCGAGCUGAAUCCUGAAGAAGGUGCUGGUGUUCAGGAGAAGUACAGCACUUCAGAGAAGAUGUACCUUGGCAUUAAGGAGGACGUACGGAAGAUAGCCAUGGCUCUUGAUGAUGCUGUGGCACAAGCGGCUCAGUUCCAUGACAAGAUUGGGCCCAUGCUGGAGACUCUCGAGGGCAUGGCAUCCCGCCUAUGUAUGCCCCCACUUAUCCCAGCCGAGGUGGAGAAGAUUCGGGACUGUAUCAGCGAAAACAAGAACUCUCUUAUGGAGCUUGAGAAAUUGCAACCUUCAUUUGAGGCUCUUAAACAUCGAGGGGAAGAGCUGAUUAGCCGCUCACAGGGAGCAGAUAUGGAUCCAGCUGUCAAAGACAUCCAGGAUAAAUUGGACCAGUUAGUGUUUUUCUGGGAAGAUAUCAAAGCUCGUGCAGAGGAGAGGGAGAUGAAAUUUCUUGACGUGCUUGAGCUUGCAGAGAAGUUUUGGUUGGAUAUGGGCUCGAUACUAACUACCAUCAAGGACACCUAUGAUAUUGUCCAUGACCUGGAGAGUCCUGGUAUAGACCCGUCGAUGAUCAAGCAGCAGAUUGAGGCCGCAGAUACUAUUAAGGAAGAGACUGACGGACUUCAUGAGGAACUCGAGUUUAUUAGAAUCCUUGGAGCCGAUCUGAUUUUUGCCUGUGGAGAGACAGAAAAACCAGAAGUGAAGAAAAGCAUUGAUGAGAUGAACAAUGCUUGGGAAAACUUGAAGAAAACGUGGUCUGAGCGUUUGGAAAAGCUCAGGGAUGCAAUGGCCGAUUCUGUCCAAUAUCAGGACACUUUACAGGCAAUGUUUGACUGGCUGGAUAAUGCAGUUAUUAAACUCUGUGAUAUGCCACCUGUUGGGACUGAUAUUAAUACGGUGAAAGAACAGAUCAAUGAAAUGAAGGAAUUUAAGGUGGAGGUUUACCAGCAGCAAAUUGAAAUGGAAAAGCUAAACCACCAGGGGGAGUUGAUGCUGAAGAAAGCAAUUGAUGAUACAGAUAGAGACAUUAUCAAGGGGCCCCUGACUGAACUGAAACAUCUGUGGGAAAACCUGGGAGAGAAGAUAACACACAGACAGCACAAACUGGAAGCUGCCCUGUUAGCGCUGGGUCAGUUUCAACAUGCUCUAGCUGAAGUAAUGUCCUGGCUGACCCAUACACAUGAGCUACUGGAUGCCCAAAAACCCAUCAGCGGAGACCCCAAGGUCAUUGAAGUGGAACUUGCAAAGCAUCAUGUGCUGAAGAAUGAUGUGCUCGCCCACCAAAGCACAGUAAAAACUGUAAACAAAGCCGGGAAUGAACUGGUGGAGUCCAGCGCUGGAGAUGACGCCAACAGCCUGAAGAUCCGACUUGAGACAUUUAACCAGUUAUGGGAAUCUCUUCUCCAGAAGACAGAGGAGAGGGAGCAACAGCUGGACAUGGCUCUACAGCAGGCUGAAGGCUUCACUGGGGAGAUUGAAGAAUUCCUCCAGUGGCAGAAUAGACUAGAAAGCCAGCUCUCUACAACGAAAGCCACCGGUGGACUUCCAGAGACAGCACGAGAGCAGCUACAAGUGCACAUGGAAUUGUAUGAAGAUUUUAAAGCACAUGAGGAACUCUUCAAACAACUACUAGACAAGGGGCAUAUAAUGCUUCUGAGCAAGGACGAUGCAGUGGGCUCUAUCACAGAGCAGAAUGUGUCUUUACUCAAACGAAAGUGGCAGUCCAUUGCGAAUAAAGUAGAAGAGAGAAAGGUGAAACUUGAAGAAGCACUUGUUCUGGCAACAGAUUUCCAGAAUUUCUUACAAGAGUUCAUUAACUGGCUAACACAAGCUGAACAAAGUCUAAAUAUUGCACCUCCCCCAAGUCUCAUCUUGGACACCGUCCUUUUCCAGAUUGAUGAACACAAGAUUUUUGUGAAUGAAGUCAACGUCCAUCGUGAGCAAAUCAUAGAGUUGGACAAAACAGGGAACCAAUUAAAGUUCCUCAGCCAGAAACAGGAUGUGGUCUUGAUAAAGAAUCUGCUACUUAGUGUCCAGUCUCGAUGGGAAAAAGUUGUUCAACGUUCAGUGGAGAGAGGGCGAUCAUUGGAUGAUGCCCGAAAAAGAGCCAAACAGUUCCAUGAAGCCUGGAAAAAGUUGAUUGACUGGCUGGAAGAAGCCGAGAAUCACCUGGACUCAGAUAUGGAAAUCUCCAAUGAUCCAGACAAGAUCAAACUACAGCUGACUAAGCACAAGGAAUUCCAGAAAACAUUAGGCAGUAAACAGCCAGUAUAUGACACCACUGUCAGGACCGGACGUUCGUUAAAAGAAAAAGCUUUGUUGAGCGAUGAUGUCCAGAAACUUGAUCACCUCUUAGGAGAAGUGAGAGACAAAUGGGAUACAGUGUGUGGAAAAUCUGUGGAAAGGCAACACAAGCUGGAGGAAGCUCUGCUUUUCUCAGGCCAGUUCAUGGAUGCUCUGCAGGCCCUUGUCGAUUGGCUCUACAAAGUGGAGCCGCAGCUAGCAGAAGACCAACCUGUACAUGGAGAUUUAGACCUCGUGAUGAAUCUGAUGGAUGCUCAUAAAGUUUUCCAAAAAGAACUUGGCAAGAGAACCAGUAGCGUUCAAGCCGUGAAACGCUCUGCUAGAGAACUACUGGAAAGCAGCAGAGAGGACACCACUUGGGUCAAAGUUCAGCUUCAAGAACUUAGUACACGAUGGGACACCGUCUGCAAAUUGUCAGUGUCCAAACAAACCCGUCUUGAACAAGCCCUGAAACAGGCUGAAGAGUUCCGUAACACGGUCCAUAUGCUGCUGGAGUGGCUUUCCGAAGCAGAGCAGACGCUGCGUUUCAGGGGAGCGUUACCUGACGAUGCAGAAUCUUUGCAGUCUCUCAUUGAUGUUCAUAAGGAGUUCAUGAAGAAAGUGGAAGAAAAACACAUAGAUGUCAAUACUGCAGUCAGUAUGGGAGAGGGGAUUCUGACUGUGUGUCAUCCAGAUUGUAUCACCACCAUCAAACACUGGAUAACUAUUAUACGUGCGCGAUUCGAGGAGGUGCUAACAUGGGGGAACCAGCAUCAGCAAAGGCUACAGACUGCCCUCUCUGAGCUACUAGCCAAUUCUGAUCUUCUGGAUGAGCUGUUAUCUUGGAUACAAUGGGCUGAGACUACCCUAAUCCAAAGAGAUCAGGAGCCAAUGCCUCAGAACCUUGAACAGGUCAAGGCUUUGAUAAGUGAACACCAGGCAUUCAUGGAAGAAAUGACUCAGAAACAACCAGAUGUGGAUAAGGUGACAAAGACGUACAAGAGGAAGACAACAGAUCCCAACCAUGCGUCCUUCAAUGAUAAAUCACGAAGCAGGAAAGCAUCCACACAACCCACCCCUCCAGCUCUCCUGCCUCUCUCUCAGUCUGAGACCAAGAACCCAAGAAUUAACCAACUCUCUGCACGAUGGCAACAAGUUUGGCUCCUAGCGCUUGAGAGACAGAGAAAACUCAAUGAUGCUCUUGAUAGACUGGAGGAGCUGAAGGAAUUUGCAAACUUUGACUUUGACAUCUGGAGAAAGAAGUAUAUGCGCUGGAUGAAUCACAAGAAGUCUCGAGUCAUGGACUUCUUCAGAAGAAUCGAUAAGGACCAAGAUGGGAAAAUAACCAGACAAGAAUUUAUUGACGGAAUAUUAGCCUCCAAAUUCCCAACAACAAAACUUGAGAUGACUGCUGUAGCUGAUAUAUUUGACCGUGAUGGUGACGGAUACAUAGAUUACUAUGAGUUUGUUGCUGCCCUUCAUCCAAACAAAGAUGCCUACAGACCAACUACAGAUGCAGACAAGAUCGAGGAUGAGGUUACAAGACAGGUGGCACAGUGUAAAUGUGCAAAGAGAUUCCAGGUAGAACAGAUUGGAGAGAACAAAUACAGGUUCUUCCUAGGGAACCAGUUUGGAGACUCCCAGCAGUUGCGAUUGGUUCGUAUACUGCGCAGCACAGUGAUGGUUCGCGUUGGCGGAGGGUGGAUGGCUCUGGAUGAAUUUUUGGUGAAAAACGAUCCUUGCCGAGUUCACCAUCCAGGGAGUAAAUUAAAGAGAACGGAUUCUGUCUCUUCACUAGCACGAGGAAGGACAAAUCUGGAGCUGCGGGAGAAAUUCAUUUUACCAGAGGGGGUGUCCCAAGGAAUGACCCCCUUCCGCUCACGGGGUAGACGGUCUAAACCCUCUUCCAGGACUGCUUCCCCCACGCGCUCCAGCUCCAGCGCUAGCCAGAGUAACCACAGCUGCACAUCCGUCCCAUCUUCACCGGCAACUCCUGCCAGUGGAUCCAAGACGCCACUACAGCCCUCUCGCUGUUACGAGAAACCCUGGCUUGUAAACAGCAAGGCAGGCACACCUUUUAGGUGCUGCGAAUUCCCAGACUUCCAGAUCCCUUCACUUGAGGUAACGCCAGCCCAAAGCAGCAAAAUGAAGAAGACGGCAAUUCACACAAGUAGGUCGUCCCUCACAGGAGAGACAUCCACUCCUUCUGGUGCCAAAUUAAGUCGAUCUGAUCCUAAAAAGAGUACAAGCCGUGCAGGCAGUCGCACUGGAAGCCGUGCCAGCAGCAGAAGAGGAAGUGAUGCUUCUGAUUUUGACCUUCUGGAAACACAGUCUGCUUGUUCAGACACCUCAGAGAGCAGCGCUGCAGGAGGACCGGGGAACUCCCGUAGGGGACUGUCCAAACCUUCCAAGAUCCCCACAAUCUCCAAGAAAGCUUCCAGUACUCCUAAAACGCCAGGCACUAAGAGAUAGUCCCCCCUCCACCCAAUAGCUCGGCACAAGAAUGGGGUGAACCUUAAGGUUUUCUAUCAGAAACUGUACAUCUGGAUGUACACUUCUUCUACCGUGAGAAAUUUCUACGUUCUACAUGUGUAAACCAGAGAAUUGUUUAUAACUGCCUUAUUUGUUUUCUUUUUGUAUGUUACUACUUUUAUGUGAAUAUACCUGUAGAUACAAAGCCUCAUUGUGUGACUUCCUUGGGAGAUUCAGGGAAACAAAAAAAGGUGGCGUAUACAUGGAUAUUUGGAUUCUGAGGGGUUUGAUAAUGCCUAUUUUGUUUGAUUUUUUUUUUUUAAAUGGGUUUAAUAUCCUAGAACAACACUACUAAAUUUUACUAGCGAAUGCCCUCAUUUGUAUAUGAACAGUAUGUUGAUAAACUGCAGAGAAGUAUCAUGGAGUGACAAAAGAUUCUUUUUCUUAGAAGAUGUAAUCCUUCUGAACUGACAGCACUUGCACAUCGUACUCUGACAUCACUUUAAACUUAGCAAGAUUCUUUAACGCAUCUGCCGUUUUAAAGGACAAUUAACAUUGUGCAUCUGGAAGCAGCCCUACAUGAGACAGUAACUCCAGGCCAUGGUGCAGCAUAGAACUGUGCAUGCUUUUCUUCUGCCAUUUUGCUCUCAUCCCAGGUUCAGCUGAUUUCUAACUGUAAACAUUUGUUUUAUUUAUCUGCAUAGGAUUUUCUUAUUUAUUAUUUAAAUGGUCAUUCCACUUAGAAUUUGUGUGAAAUGUUCAUUUCUGUAGACAAAAACUCAAGUUGUGUGUUCAUAUAGUGGGAUUCACCAGCACCGAUCCUUCCUGUCAUGUGGAAGCUGGUGCCCUCUGAUGGACUGACUCCGUGGAGUGGAACAGGAUGGGGUGGUAGUUCUAUUCUGACCAGGCUGCUGUGUGAUUUGCUCAAUUAGUUUGCAAAAGAAAUUGAUGCUGUACCAAUGAACUGUUUAAAAAAGUAAAUAAAACACAUUUUGUAUUAAAAAUGCUUACAGUAAUACCACCAAGUAUCCAUUGUGUGAUUUGUCUUUUAUUGGAAGGACCCAAAGUGAAACCCUGACCAGUCUCAAAUAUAUGGUACAUUGUCGUGGAGUGAUGGCCUACUGUUUGGUGUUCUUAUGUAAUUAUGCAAAACUAUUAUGCAAUACAUUUUAUUGAACUGCCCUCAA